AUGCGCAUCCUGCUCGCGCUCGUUGCGGCCGUGUUUGCAACUGCGUCUAUGGGCGCACCUAUGGAUUGGGUCGAGGCUGGCAAAGCGGCCGAGUCGCUCGAAAACGACUUUUCUCGAGUCCGCAUCAGUCAGACCUCGCGUCCUGGACUGGGCUCGGUUGCUGGAUUCGACACGGCACGUGCUGCACCACCCGUUCUCAAGCGACCUCCGCAACUGGGCCAAGCAUCGGGUACUUGGCAGUACGACGCAGCUGAAACGUCCAAGUACAGCGAGCUGCCGCCUAUGCCCGAUGCACCUCGAGCCAAGACGGGAGGUCCUAUGCGCGGCUCUGCGAGUGGCGUCAGGCCAUCAGCUCCGUAUUUCUCGCCUCCGAAGCGGCUUGAGCAAUCCGGCCGCGUUGCUACCGGUGAGCAGCGAGCCAGGAACGCCCUGCUACGACAUCCUGCGAUGAGGCAGAAGGAUUGGGAUGAGCUGCUUCGCGAAACGCAAUGA